AAAGUAUUUCUGGAACACGCAAAAUUCAAUAUGAGAUGCUAGUAAUGGAUAAUGCUGCAAAACAACAUGUCAUAUCCAGUGGCGAACAAGGAAAAUCAUUUGUGCAUUUAAGGAACACAGCAUUGUUUAAGAGAUGUCGUCAUACAGUGUUCAGACUGAAAAUCUCAUUGAAGAAUUGGGUGGUUGCGGUCAUCUCCAAGUAUUGCUUUGUUUAUGCAUACACAGUUUAAACACGAUAAUAUUUUGGAGCAUAUUGGCAAUGUCUUUUAUUGGCUAUACCCCUGAUUUUUCGUGCACACAACUGGACGUCUCACAGGCAUUUUUAUCUACACUUAAUCUGAGCAAUGUUUCUCCUGAUCACCUUUGUUCUGCAGGACCAAAUACAACGUGUAGUUCCUACAUUUUUCAGAAAUCAAUGAAUACUAUUGUAACAGAGUGGAACCUAGUGUGUGACAGACGUUGGAUUGUGGCAUUGAUUACAUCAUUACAGAUGGUUGGAUAUCUUGUCGGAUCAAUUAUUGCUGGACUGAUGGCCGACAGUCUUGGAAGGAAAGCAACAAUAAUGUCAGGAAUUGCUUCAUUGAGUCUUUUCAGUUUGGUUGGCUUUUUCACUCAGUCAUGGAAAAUGUAUGCAGCCAUCCGUUUUUUCAUCGGCAUAGGAGCAGGGCUCUCGUACACUGCUCAGUUUACCUAUAUGAUAGAAUUCGUUCCCACAAAAUGGCGACCACUGGUAGUUUGUUUCCCUUCAGAACCGAUUGCUGCCAUGUUAUUAGCGUUUGUUUCAUGGUGGUUGCAUGACUGGAGGAGUUUACAUCUUUUGAAGACGAUAGUUGGUGUAUUAUUUUUCAUAAUGAUUUGGUUCUUACCAGAAAGUUUUAGAUGGUUGGUUGCUAAGAUUAAAUUGAAGCGAGCGAAAAAAUCAAUCGAAUUUAUUGCAAAAGUAAACAGAAGAAAAUAUCCUGAUCUAGAAGAAGUAUUUAAUAGAGCAAAAGAGGAAGCUGUUUCAAAUAACACAAUGAAUUCUAAUUUCACAAAAUUAUUGACUUCGAAAGAGUUGCGAAAAGUGACCCUCCUUUUAAGUAUAGUAGGGUUUUCUGCGUGCCUUUCGUGGUACUGCCUUUCACUUGGAACAGAGGCUGUUUCUGUUAACGUGUAUCUGACCAUGUUACUCAUGAACUUUGCUGACUUCCCUGCAGAUUUGAUAACUGCUGUUUUCAUUAGCAGAUAUGAUAGGAAAAAGUUUUGCCUAGCAAUGUUCUGUGUGUCUGGAAUUUUAUGUUGUGCCGCCGGUGUUUUCCAACAUUUUGAUAAAAUAUCGAAAACAUCUUCUUCUCUUAUCGUAGUUACAUUUGUGGUUUCAAUGUUAGCCAAAUUUGCUGUAUCAUCGGCAGACAGAUGUGUUACCCUAUACACAACGGAACUAUAUCCUACAGUUAUAAGGACAACAGGUUACAGUUUCCAGGCGACUGUUGGGCGCUUUGGGGCAAUUGUAUCUCCAUUUUUGAUUCACAUUGAUAGAUAUUUCCCCGGUUCCAUGUACUUCCUCUCUGGAGUAAUGUUGCUUAUUUCUUCGGUUUGUAUUUUGUUCCUAAGGGAGACAAAGAACAUGGUACUACAAGACUACAUCAGACCGGAUCCAUCAGAUUUAACUAACUAA